AGAGUAAUGCUUGUUUCCCCAGAAUGGUCACGGACCUGGGGCCAAAGAACAAGAUGCGCUAGUGGACCGACUGCUUGAGAGCUAGAUUCUGUUUUUCCUUUUCAAACUGACUUUGCAACCACGGAGAGGGUACAAAGUGAUAUGAUUCCGGGGUACUUGAAGCCACAAGAUAAGCAUGACCCAUCUUCUUGAAGCUUCAGUUGUGCUCAUUGAGGGGGCGGUGAGUUAAGUAAUUUAACUGGAAGGGGAAAUGGAAGGUGAGGCGGUUGAAGCCAUUGUGGAGGAGUCUGAAACUUUCAUUAAAGGAAAGGAGAGAAAGACUUACCAGAGACGCCGGGAAGGGGGCCAGGAAGAGGACGCUUGCCACCUACCCCAGAAUCAGACUGAUGGGGGUGAGGUGGUCCAGGAUGUCAAUAGCAGUGUACAGAUGGUCAUGAUGGAACAGCUAGAUCCUACCCUUCUUCAGAUGAAGACUGAAGUAAUGGAGGGUACAGUCGCUCCAGAAGCAGAGGCUGCUGUGGACGAUACCCAGAUUAUAACCUUGCAGGUUGUAAAUAUGGAGGAACAGCCCAUAAACAUAGGAGAGCUUCAGCUUGUUGAAGUACCUGUUCCUGUGACUGUACCUGUUGCUACCACUUCAGUAGAUGAACUCCAGGGGGCUUAUGAGAAUGAAGUGUCUAAAGAGGGCCUUGCAGAAAGCGAACCCAUGAUAUGUCACACCUUACCUUUGCCUGAAGGGUUUCAAGUUGUGAAAGUAGGGGCCAAUGGAGAGGUGGAGACACUAGAACAAGGGGAACUUCCACCUCAGGAAGAUCCUAGUUGGCAAAAAGAUCCAGAUUAUCAGCCACCAGCCAAAAAAACAAAGAAAACCAAAAAGAGCAAACUCCGUUACACAGAGGAGGGCAAAGAUGUGGAUGUGUCUGUCUACGACUUUGAGGAAGAACAACAGGAGGGUCUGCUGUCAGAGGUUAAUGCAGAGAAAGUGGUUGGUAACAUGAAGCCUCCAAAACCAACAAAAAUUAAAAAGAAAGGUGUAAAGAAGACAUUCCAGUGUGAGCUUUGCAGUUACACGUGUCCACGGCGUUCAAAUUUGGAUCGUCACAUGAAAAGUCACACUGAUGAGAGACCGCACAAGUGCCAUCUCUGUGGCAGGGCAUUCAGGACAGUCACCCUCCUGAGGAAUCACCUUAACACACACACAGGUACACGUCCUCAUAAGUGCCCAGACUGUGAUAUGGCCUUUGUGACUAGUGGAGAAUUGGUGCGGCAUCGUCGUUACAAACAUACCCAUGAGAAGCCAUUUAAGUGUUCCAUGUGCGAUUAUGCCAGCGUAGAAGUCAGCAAAUUAAAACGUCACAUUCGCUCUCAUACUGGAGAGCGUCCGUUCCAGUGCAGCUUGUGCAGUUAUGCCAGCAGGGAUACAUACAAGCUGAAAAGGCACAUGAGAACCCAUUCAGGGGAAAAACCUUAUGAAUGUUAUAUUUGUCAUGCACGAUUUACCCAAAGUGGUACCAUGAAGAUGCACAUUUUACAGAAGCACACAGAAAAUGUGGCCAAAUUUCACUGUCCCCACUGUGACACUGUCAUAGCCCGAAAAAGUGAUUUGGGUGUCCACUUGAGAAAGCAGCAUUCCUAUAUUGAGCAAGGCAAGAAAUGCCGAUACUGCGAUGCUGUGUUUCAUGAACGCUAUGCCCUCAUCCAGCAUCAGAAAUCACACAAGAAUGAGAAGCGCUUUAAGUGUGACCAGUGUGAUUACGCUUGCAGACAGGAGAGGCACAUGAUCAUGCACAAGCGCACCCACACUGGGGAGAAGCCUUAUGCCUGCAGUCACUGCGACAAGACCUUCCGCCAGAAACAGCUCCUUGACAUGCACUUCAAACGCUACCACGACCCCAACUUUGUCCCUGCAGCCUUUGUCUGUUCUAAGUGUGGGAAAACAUUCACACGCCGGAAUACUAUGGCAAGACAUGCUGAUAAUUGUGCUGGUCCAGAUGGUGUAGAAGGGGAAAAUGGAGGAGAAACAAAGAAGAGUAAACGUGGAAGAAAAAGAAAGAUGCGUUCUAAAAAAGAAGACUCUUCCGACAGUGAAAAUGCUGAGCCAGACCUGGAUGACAAUGAGGAUGAAGAGGAGCCUGCUGUGGAAAUUGAACCUGAACCAGAGCCUCAGCCUGUGACCCCAGCCCCACCACCCGCCAAGAAGCGGAGAGGACGCCCCCCUGGCAGAACCAACCAACCCAAACAGACUCAGCCAACAGCUAUCAUUCAGGUUGAAGAUCAGAAUACAGGUGCAAUUGAGAACAUUAUAGUUGAAGUCAAAAAAGAGCCAGAUACAGAGCCCGUGGAGGGAGAGGAAGAGGAGGCCCAGCCAGCUGCCACAGACGCCCCCAAUGGAGACCUCACCCCCGAGAUGAUUCUCAGCAUGAUGGACCGGUGAUGGCAGGGCCUUGUCAUCGCCAAGACUGCUCUGGGCUGUGUUUAAACGGCCUGCAUCUUAAUUUUUCUCCUUUUUUUCUUCUUUUGGCUUUGGGAAAAGCACCAUUUUACCAAACAUACUGAGAACUAAAACUUCAAGGAUGAUGUUAGAAAAAUGUGAUUUAACUAGAACUUACCAUUUGAUAUUAGCAAAUCAUGGAAUGUUCUGAGUCUCUGAGGGUUUACCCUGAAGUGCUGAGGACAGUGUUGACGCCUAACUGGUUUUCUUAGAUGGAAACAGAGACAUUGGACCCUCUCUCUUGCUAUGGUAAACCACUCCAGAAUGGCCAACGGGUUUCCCAGAGUUCUAUGGUCUUCCCAGGAGAGUUUUUAAUUGUAAAUGCAGUCUUGGGAAGGACUUAGACUUUUAAACUGGUUUUUGCUUUUGCUUUUUCCCUGACUCCCUUUGCUUGGAGUCGGCUGCACACCAAUAAUAUGGCAUGCUACGAUCGGUUUUUGUCCUGAAGGCUUUGCCUCUUUCUUGGCAAAGUUUCUGGUAUGGUCAAGCUUGUAAAUAACUUUUUUUACAUUUUAAUCUUUUCCAUUAAUUAAGAGGUUGAAAAGAAGUGCAGUGUAAGAAAACCCAGCGUUUUAAUUACUUGCAAAUUAAGUUACCACAGACUGUGUAGUGUGUAAAUGUUGACAAGGAAUCGGAUCACAAUCAUGUAGCAGAACAGCACCCAGACUGCUGCCUGCUAGAGACUGAUGUCCAUGAAGAAGAUCGUGAUUUCCAGCCCAUGGAGCCAGCAUUUGAACCUUGUACGAUUAACUUUCAGUUAUGGUUUCCCAUCCACAUUUUCUCUGCUCUGUUUGUAACUGAAUUUUGUGUUUUAUAAAUCCUGUUAAAGCAGAAGGGUGAUUAUGAGUGGGUCACAGCAGCCCUUAAAAGCUGGGCCAGAAAACUUCACUAGGUCAGUAAUUUAAACUUUGGAUCUUAAAAAAAAAAAAAAAAGUAAUAAUGUGAAGCAAAACCAACUAAAAA